AUAGAAAUACUACUUUAUUUCUAUGUAGUUCAGCUAAUGUUAUGAGAUGUGAUGCCGUUGACGAUACAACUCUCGACCUUUACUCAGCAAAUAUUACAUCAAAUUCAUCAUCAAUUAUAAGUGUAUUCACAAUCAAGAAUGUCAGCCUUUCUCUACACAAUACAGGAUGGUUCUAUACUGCUGAAUUUAAUGCAAACAUUAGCUUUCAUGAAACAUCCGGAUUUUUCCUUCACGUAUUUAGUGAGUUAAAAAUAGUGGAAUUAAGCAAUGUAUACCAUAUUAGAAUUAUAAAAUCCUAUCAGCAUAACAUAAUUUUUUUAGAAAUAUAUGAAAUAUUACAUAUUAAUUCAUAGUGAUUGAGAGAUUUUCUUUUAUACCAUUCAAAAUUGUAUAUUUUUAUUUUAAUAAAGCCCCUGCUGAGAGUCCAACAUGUGAUGAAGUAAAACUACUAAAUGAAAGCAAUAUUCAAAUAACUUGUUGGACGAAAAAAGUUUUUCCUGGAAGCGUGUGUCUAUUUAAUGUCAAUUCCAAUGUAAGUAUUUUAAAACAAAUUUUUUCACACCAAGUCUAUUUAAUUUCCUGUUAGAUACCUUGUAUGUGAAGGGUGUUUGGGUUUUAUGGAGGGGGUAUUUUAUUUAAAAUAUAAACAUCUACAUAGUGCAAAUUUAUUCAAAACCGCCUAAAUAUUACAUAUUAACUCUUUUAACGAGUUAUACAAUCCCUAAUUUAUUAUAUCUAUUAGGCAAUUUACCUUUUGAUCAGUACGAACACUUUCCACAUAAAAAGUUAUGUCUGAGAAGAAUAACUUUGAUAAUUAAAUGCAAUCAAUAGGAUCGAUUUACAAUCUUCUCAACGUCUAACUAGUUUGAGUGGCGUAGCAAAGGUCGAUGCCAGUGACCGGUAACGCUAAGUGGGCGCCUAAAUGGGCGCAUUGUAACAACAAUAAAUAUAUUGGAUUAUAUAUUGAAUCCAUUAGUAGACAUUUUUGCAUUCACUGAGAGACCUUUUGCUAUUACUUUACUGUAUCUGCCUGUGUGUAUCGUCUCGCGUGGUAUUUAACUGCUGCCUAAUAAUUCUAGGACACUUUUAAUGGCGGUCACUAAAACUGUCAUAAUAACUUGUGUCACGCGUUUGCCUUUGAUUGGUCGAAUCGAACCACGUUUGCCGCUUUAUGAAUGUUAAGUGUACAGAUUAGCAUCCUGCGAGUCCUUUUUUAGGAGCUUAUUGGCUGCAUGCGAGCAGAGCAUUUUUUGAUUUUUUCUUCUUUUAGACGAAUGUUUAUUAUUUAUCUUCAUGAUAAAGGUCAUUAGUUAGUGCUUUUUAUAUACCAGAUGUAAAAAUAUAGAUUAAUGUUUUCAUUUUGUUUACUGUUUGUAAACUUAAAUGUUUUCUGCAACAGCUAUUUGAUUAAAUAACUUACACUUUAUUCGAUAAACGAAUAAGAAUUGUAUAAUUUUGAAUUUUUUUUUAAAUAUUGAUUUAUCACAUCAUUAAUUUUACCCCCCAAAAACCAAGCUUGAAAAUCAAACAUUAUUUUUUUGUUCAUUGCCUCCAUGACAUGAGAAACUCUGAGGUGCUGAAAGGCGCAAUUGAAAUAGAGAAGCAACAAACGAAGAAGAGAAAGCGAGCCAGUAAAUGAAAAACGUAUUUAAAAAAACGUACUCAAAAGUUAAUCAAAUUAAAAACAAGACAUUAGAAUCACAAGAAGGUGUUCCGGAGCCAGUGUCGAAUUUUUCCCAGAAAACAAGGAUGUUGAAGUUUAAAUUAAUCAAGAUGAAAAAGACAAGGACCAUGUGCAAAAAAUUUCACGUGUCUGAAAAUUUCCGGUCAGAUGUUGCAAGCGAAACAUAUUAUAACUCUGAGUCGACUCAACACAGUGCUUAUGAUAAAAAAGAAGAAAAUAAAGUUAUAAAUAAUAAAUUUCCGGAAAUUAAUACACAUACAGCUAAUGAUAAUGAUGCCGAAGUGCCUCUAAUAACUUAAGCUGUACUUCUGUUUUAUGCAUCCUCUUAUUAAUUUUGUGUCAUGCUAUUAUCAACAUCAUUUUCGAAUUGUUAAUCUUCGUUUGAAAAGGCUAAUGCAGGCCUGAAUAACUCAUAGUGUAAAGAAGGCAAUAAUACUUUUUAAAAAAAAAACUUGUGCAGAUCGAAACAAAAUAGUAAAAUGGGGUAAGCUAUGAAGAAAAUAAUAAUAAUAAUAAUAAUAAUAUUUUGUUACUUCACGGGCCGCAAAGAAGUUGCUUGCAGGCGGCAUGUAGCCCGCAGGCAAUAUUUUGUGCAGUCCUGAGUAUAUGGAUUUGAUAUCUGGAGACACACUGAAAGAUUAAGGGAUCACGAAAAUAGCAGUAGUGAUCAAACAUCACUUCAUGAUCAUCAUGUCCCCUAGUCCUUGGACCGUUGGGGCACCACAAAUGACAUGUGAACUAUUCUCCUACAUUCGUCUCUACCUUCUGCACUUGGCAGAGCAUCGCCAAGUGUUAGUCUUGUCCACUCGUUGAUGUUAUCCUCCGAUCUUUUUCUUCGCCUUCUUUGUCUUCUUCUUCUUCUCUCUCCUCUUGAGGUGCCCUGCAAUAUUUCUUUGGCAAGCCAUAGUUUCCUUGUUACGUGGCCGUGCCAUUGUGGUUAACGUUUUUUCACAGUCACCAGUAGGUCAUCGUACUCCCCAAUUGUCUGGCGAACCCUUUCUUUCAUUGUAUCAUUGGAGAUAUGGUCCCCAUGGAAGCGGCCAACAAUGCUUCUGAACAUCAAUUAAAUAAUUGAAAAAGACAGAAAGAAGGAUAAUUCUUGGAAUAGGAAUUGUUAUGGAAGUUGAGAGUCAAAUACAAUUGGAAAAAACAAUUGAGGUGUCUUGAAAAGAGUGCUUACUUGAAUUAAGUUUUUAGAAUCUCAAUUUUUUUCUUGCCACUGCGCGGUUAUAAGGAAACUUUAAUGAUGAUAAGGCAUUUAAAGUUGGGAAUUUACUAAUUCUGGAAAAGUCAUUGCACAGUACGAUCCUCUUUUUGCACGCUAUCAACUAUCAACAUGCAAGACAAAAUCAAAGAUCUAUUUCAUAAUUAUCACUGGAAAUCAAAAAUAAAUGUUUAUGUCUUCUAGCUUCUGCUGGCAGGAAAAUGUCACUGAAUGAUAUCAAAAGGAAGACAAUAUUAUGGAAAUCUAAUUUAUUCAACACCUGUUCAAGGACAUCGAGGAACAGUUUUUGGAGGAAAUUUAAUUUUUCUAUGUUGAUUUUGUGACAAAAAAGUAGUCAUCAAGAAUCAUUUCUGAGUUAUAUUGAAAUACAUGUAACAGAUGAAGCCAACGUUGAAAAGCUCAAGUGUAGCAACUGUGAAUCUUACGAUUUACUUUAUGAUGAUUGUGAACACGACCAAAUUUUCUUUUCUAGUUUGGGCUAAAACCGAAACCAGACCGAAAAUUAAAAAAAAAAUUGCGACCAAAACCGAAACCGAAACUAAAAGCUUAACGAGACUUUCGGCGAAACUUAAACCAACAGUUAAAGAAGCCUUUCAGCCGAAACCGAAUAAUGUAAAUAUUUGAAAAAAUAGUUUGUACACACUUUCCGCAAUCCGCGAAACAUGACUUAUUAACAUUGUGGAGAAUUGCGUAUUUCUUUUAAUUUACUCACACACAAUAUCCAUAAAGUAGUUAACCCCACAAACACCCCACAUUUUUUUGAAUUGUCACUUUGACCACCAGUAAACUAAAACGUCUUAAUUACUUUUUUAAAGCCUUUGAAAGUAUGGGACCGAAACAUCCUACCAUCAAAUUGAGUCUGGAUUAACUUUGAAAUCGCCUACUUACCAUUACUACUUCAUUGUUUUUAUUCAGCUUGUCACCACAUACACAUACACAUACACACAAGCACAGACACAUACGCAAAAACCUGACGGAACAAAUAAAUUCUACCAUUCUUUGUAUCUUUGCCCUGAACAAUCUAUAUGAGACAAUUAAUGUUCUGUAAUCCUAAUGUUACAACUAAAGUGUGUUAUCAAGCCAUUCUAUAAAAAAAUCAAAGGCAAAGUGUAUAAUGUCUUAUGUAGUGUACAUGUUGACUAGGGUUUCAUUAAAAUGGCUAGAUUAUAAACUUUUAAAUAUUAAAUCAAGAACAAUAAUAUAAAUAUUACCAUUUCUCUAGUCGUUAUUGAUUUUCUCUCACACAAGUAUUUACAUUUCCCUAUGCCUUAUUGAAAUUUCACUAUUCGAAUGAUUCGACAAGUGAGUCAUUUUGCAGCUGUGAACAGUGUUUUCAUAAGAUUUGUUUCACAAUGUACGAAAACAGCAACACAUCAAGCAAUAAUGAAUACUAGAUAUUGCCGCCUAACAUUGGUGGCAGCAAUGCGUGAACUUGCCAUCUAAAAAAUAUAACUCAAACAAGGCACAUUUAUAAAUCCCCAUUUUAGCUACACCCCUUCCCCCAUGAUACGCCACUGCACACUUUUUACUUCACGCCCAUGAACUAUAGCGAAGCGUUGCUAUGUUCGCAAAGAAAGCGGGGAAAGAACGGCCACAAAAAGUAGCAAGAAGAAAUCAGAACAACGCGAGUGAACGUGAUUCAAAGAAGAGAGCACUGAGACACACCUGUUAGCAAAGCAAAUCAACCAAAGUUGAGCUGGUUCAGAGCUUGUUGGGGUGUGCGCAUGGCUGGCAAGCAAGGUUGGUGCAUUAGAGGGGGCCGUAGCUCCACCGCAGUGCUCAUGUAUCAAGACAACGAUGAGCAGGUAAGGGAUGGGGGAGGGUUUGCGUGCGUCUUGCUUCCUCUGGCACAUCUAUAUACAGCCUGCGUGGGCGCCUUGGUCUUCUUGCCCUAGUUUCGUGUGCGAAUUAUAUAUAUAGAUUGUAUUGCCAGCCGAUAGACAAGGUGGCAAUCUGAAAUCUGUUAAAAUAACGCAGUCUAAAUCAUCUUCAGCCCCAUGGCCUAAAAUCUUAAUUACUUUCGUCCGUUACCAAAAAUAAACAACACUUAAAUUUUCUGUCUCGCCGAAAUCCGCAAUUAAACCGAAAGUUAACUUUUAUCUUUCUGCCGAAAACGAAACUGGUAUGAUAUUUUCGACGGCUAAACCGAGACCAUAGCUGAAAUUGGUCAGUUCUAAUCUCAAUACUCAUAUAAUGUGUCUGUGAUAUGUUGGCUAAUAGCAUACCUGAAAUUGUAAUAUCAUUGCUGUACGUGUACGGAAAGGGGGGGGGGGCAUGAAGGGCGCACAUAUGUUUUUUUCUCUGGGCACCUUAUAUCAUCGCUAAGCGACUGACUAGUAUAUUUUAUUAAUUACAUGAUAUAUUUUCUUUUUUACUUAUUUAACAAUUAUGUUUUUCAUAUAAAUAUUCUACGAUUAUUUUUUACGAAUGUAUUUCUUUCUUAAUUCAAAUUAAUUUGAGUCAGGAUUUUUCUAUUUGUCAAAGCUUUCUUCAAUAUCAAGUCUAUUGGUAAUACCCAAUCUGAUUUCCGUUAUCGAUAUUAUUGUGUGUUUCAAUCAGAUACAUACGUUUUGUAAAUAUCAUAUAAUUUGACUCUUCCCUUUGUUAUAGUUAAAAUUAUUUAAAUAUAUAUGUUACCGGCAAUAUGCGAAAUCCGGCAUUAUAUAGAAUGCCUAGGUAUUCUAUAGAAUGCCUGAAAAUUGUAGGCAAAGUAUGAAAUGGUUUAUAUUUCACACAUGUCCUAGGCAUUUUUUCUAAUGCCUAAGAGCGACCCGGCAAUGUAUAGAAUACCCCGCCAUUCAUGUUUGAUUCUUUGCUUGGUGGUGGCGUUGCGAUCGUGACACACGUGUUUCGUACUCCUGCCAAAGACCCUACCCCUUUUGUUUCAAGAUGGCUGCUGAAAUGUAGGAAGAUCAGAUUGUAGCUUCAGAUCAGGACUCACAGUAUGUUUACAUGCAACGGUGGUUCUACGAUGAACUUUCUCAAUGACGAGCCAAUACUGCUAAAAACUGCGGUUCUCUAGCGGCAACUAGUUACCAAAAAUUAGUGGAUGAUGUGAAAAUGGAUCGGAUGACAAAUCAGAAGAAACCAAAAGAAAAUUUGCUGCUGAAACGCUAUGAUGUAAUGGCGGUAGAGAACAAAAGUAAGUUGAUCUAUCCGGUUAAAGAAGGCGACAGCGCUAUUCAGUUCUAUGUCAAAAAUUCUGAAUUAUUUGACGUACUUCACGAGGCUCAUUUGGCCGUGGGACAUGGAGGAAGGGACAGAAUGUUGAAAGAACUUUCACACAAGUAUAAGAACAUUACAUGUAAUGAUAUUGAACUUUACCUCCACCUUUGUGAGCCGUGCCAGAAGAAACAAAAAGAUGUCACAAAGGGUGUUGUGGUGAAGCCUAUGAUUUUUUGUGAAUUCAACUCCCAUGGUCAGGUCAAUCUUAUUGAUUUUAAAUCCCAUCGUGACAGGGAAUAUACAUUUAUAAUGGUGUACCAAGAUCAUCUCACAAAGUUUGUGGUUCUGAGGGCUUUAACAUCCAAGAGCGCGGAAGAGGUAGCCUACACACAAGUAGAAAUAUUUAAAUUGCUUGGCGCUCCAUCAAUUCUACAGUCUGAUAAUGGCCGGGAAUUUACCAACAAUGUGGUGAACAGCCUAAAGGAGUACUGGCCCAAGUUGAAGAUCGCCCAUGGUAAACCGCGCCGCUCACAAAGCCAGGGCAGUGUCAAAAGAGCUAAUCAAGACAUCGAAAACAUGCUAUGUGCUUGGAUGCAAGAUGAAAAAACUGACCACUGGGCUGAGGGAUUACGAUUCAUGCAACUUAUGAAGAACAUGGCCUUUCAUUCUGGGAUCAAGAGAACGCCUUAUGAAGAACAGGGCCUUUCAUUCUGGGAUCAAGAGAACGCCUUAUGAAGCUCUAUUUUGCUGCAAAGCUAAAGUGAGCCUUGAAACGUCCUCCAUUCCCCUUGACGUUUUAAAAGACAUACAGACUGAGAAAGAACUCGAAAAAAAAUAAUAGAAAUCGUAAAAACAACACAGCAAGGAAGAAGCAAAUCGUCAGAUGCACGAUACAGAGCCUGCUAUACAGAAUACUGAAGAGAAUGCAAUCAGUAAUGGAUGAAACCAAACUGAUUGUGACGUCAUGGUUACCGAAGAGCAUUCCACUUCUGAUGUUUCUUGUGUCUGCUUAAAAGAAAGCAGUGGUGCCCAUACGUGCCCAAACUGUCACCGUAAUGUUCAUGUUAUCUGUGGACAUGUUGCUAAAGACGAUGGAGACGAGGAAAUAGAAGGUUAUGGUGUUGGCAUUUUGUCCAGCAUGUGUUACAAGAUAAAGAGAGCUAAAGAGGCUAGAAAAGAAUCUAAAUCGAACCUUGAAAUCCAGGCCCAAAGAAUGAAAAUAAACUCUGACAAAAAGUUCCCGCCUGCACCCUUGGAAGUUGUUACGACAGAGACAGAAAAAGGCUUUUCUCGACUUGGAACUGCACAAGGAAUCUUGAAAUAAUUGUAUUCGAGAUCACAAUUCGCUGUAUGUCCACAAGAUUUAUUGAGAGUUGAAGACGUCCCGGCCCAUGAAAUACAUAUGCGAUCUGCUGAUAUCUCUCAGUCAACAGGAAGCGGUCAAGGCUACGUGAGGUGUAUGUGCAAGACCAGGUGCCAAAACAGGAAGUGUCUUUGUUUGAAAAAGAAAAUUAAGUGCAAUUCAAAAUGCCACUCCAGCCUUACUUGCUGCAACAAGUAGCUCAAUGACACCUUUGCUUUCCAGUUGUAUUGCUAUCUUUCGUAUUCAAAUGUGUUUUCCAAUUUAAAAAAAAUUUCUUUAAUCUCUUUUGAAACUUUGCCUGAAGUAUAUUUCUCAUUAUAUAUAAUACCCAGGCCAUGUAUAAACUGCCUAGGCAAAGUAUGUAACUUAAUCACGAAAAUAAAAUAUUUCAUACUUUGCCUAAAACUGCCAGGCAUUCUUUAUAAUGCCUAGGCAUUCUAUUUAAUGCCUGUAUUUCACACAUUGCCGGUAGCAAUGUGAUUCUGUUGAAUCAAUCAAUUGUCAUAAAAUAUGAUGAAUAAGAAAAAAAUUAAACGCUACACUACCCCUUUUGUUGUUUUUAUGUAUUUAUUUAUUUAGGCAUUUUUAUAUAGCGCUUACCUUAAAGCUCUAAGCGCUUUACAAUUAUUAAAAACAUGUAAACUAAGUAAAAUAAAAAUGAAAAGCCAGAGACACUAGGAUAGUAACUACUAUACUAUAGAAAAAAUUAAAAUGGUUAUAUAACGAGUACACUUUGGAACGUGUUGGCCUGUACUACAAGCCCAACCUGAGACAGAAAAUGAGGCAGGGCAAGGAGGGUGCAUCACAGGUCAUAGGCGGACCUAAACAGAUGCUGCAUUUAAUCAAAAUAUGCAUGCACAACAAUUCAAAUUAAUCAAUCAAUCAAUAUUUACACUCGUACAACAACAAGGCAUUCAAAUCAUACUUAUUAUACCUAAUAAAUAAAGCAAAGGGAAGUAAUUUCUAUAACAAAAAUUUAAAAAACAAUUAUCGGGUUAUCACCCCUUAAUUCUUAUAAGCCUUUGCUCCUAUGGCCCAUUCAAAAGGCGAAUUCAAAUUGCGCCUGCGCGCCUUAGACAACGGGUCCAUUUCCUUCAUACUAUACUACUUAAGGUUUUAAACUUUUAUAGUAACCUUCAAAGUUUACUUUAUUAUUUCUUUCCAUUGAAAUAGUUUAUGUUGAGUUUUGUGGGUAAGUACAUUGUGUAAAAAAAUAAAAACUUUUGGAUGUACUUUUUUCCCAUUAUUUUUUCUUUAACUACGAUUUAUUAGAGAUAAAAUUGGUUUUAAAUCUCAUAAAAAAUAAAAGUUUUGUUUUGAAGAAAAGAAUAUAGCAUGUGACUAAAAAAAAAAAAAGUUAUCUCAUUUAAAAAAACCCUGAAAGAAGCCCAUUAAAUUCAAAUGUUGACACAAUUCGUCUCUUUGCAACGAAAACGCAAUUUGGUAAUGUACCUUAUUAUCGAUUGAAAGUUUUAAUCGUAGUAGUACAAUUAAUUGAAACAAUAUUACAAGAGAAAUAUUUGAAAAAAGGAUGAAAACAAAAAUUUUAACUUUCAUUAAAUUCUGGAAAGACAUAAGAAAAUCGGACCAUAAAUAAUAUCAACUAAAUAAACGAUUUUUAUAAAUGAAGUGUGCACAAUAAAGAUUAAUAUGUGCUCUUCAUUGUAUUCUGUGUUUAUUUUGUUGCGUUAUUACUUAUCCACAAUCAUUCUAAGCCGAGCGCAUUUUUUUCCAGGUUACCCCUCACGGGUUUUGUAUAGAUAAUACAUAGGUUGUCAAAUUCCAAUAUUUGUUGAAGAAUCUAUAGACACACGCAUGGGCGCCCGCAGAAAAGUUUCUAGUGGUGGCAAAAAAUAGAUUAACUUACCANUACGGGGGGGGGGGGGGGCGAAAAAAUUUUAGUAAUGUUUUAAUUUACUGUAGCGUAUUUGUAUGGUGAACGAACGAACAGGACAUCAGCUUAGUUACUUUCUUUUUAUUUUCUCUUUACUUUAAUAAAUUGUUUGUCUAUUUCUGUAUAAAAAAAAAUUAUCCAAACAAUCCAGAGGGGGGCAAGUGCCCCCUUUGCCCCUACCUGCGGGUGCCCAUGGACACAGGAACUUCCUGGUUCCUUAAAAGUCAAUUUGUCUUUAGCCUCUUCUGACGUGACACUAUGCGGUCCAAUGGAUUUUUUCCGCUGUAUUUAUUGCGUAGUACAGUGAAACCCAAGGGGCCGUCCACAAAGUACGUCACGCUCCAGGCGGGGGGGGGGGGGGGGGGGGGGAAGAAAGGGUGACAGCUUGGGACAGGGGGGGGGGGGUGUCGGGCCAUGUGUGAGGGCACACGUUUGUUUUUUUUUAAAAUUCAUUUUUUAUUUUUUUUUUUGGGGGGGGGGGGAGGAGGUGUAAGAAAGUGUGACAGCUUGUGACAGGGGGGAGGGGGUGUCAGGCCAUGUGUGACGUCACACAUUUGUUUUUUUUUAAAAUUCAUUUAUAAUUUAUUUUUUUUUAUUUUUUAGUAGAAUUUAAUAGCUUUAAAAAUAAUUUUAUAAAAUUUUGUGAAACAUUCCAAUUAGUUUUAUGUCAAAAUAGCAUGAAAUGCGUAUCUUCUGAAUGUGUUGUUCACAAUUCCUUUCGCUAGGAGCGCUAGUAUGCUGUUGUGAAGCCUUACUUUCGUCAUGCCUGAAUUAUUAUUUUUCCAUGAUGUGAUGUCCGCUGCAUAAAUAUGUCACUGUCCUUUUUAUUAUUUAAUCACUGGGUGAGGUCAAAUUUCGCAAAUCUACUUCUAAUCCUGUUUAAAAGAUUGCAUACUCGGAAGAUUAUCUAAAACUUAACCUCACCUUUUGUAAAUGAAAAAGCAGCAUUAAAUGAUCAGCAUUAUAUAAUUGUCUAGUCUAACUUUUGCAAUUUUUGUUUUCAAAUUAAAUCUAGAUUGAGUUACUGUUUCAAUGAAUAAUUGUGACAACUAUUGACAAUUAACUAUUCUAUUAUUAAAGUCAUUUUAAUAAUGUGAUAUUUAUUUUAAGUGUAAAUUUUAUAUUUUAAUACAGUUUAACAGUGAAGUGUGUUUUAGAAUUAAAUUUUAAUUAGGUGUUAAUUGUGACGUACUUUAUGGGGGGGGGGGAGGCGGGUCCGAGAUUUGUGACAGUUUGUGACAUGGGGGAGAGGGGUGUAAAAUGGUCAAAAAUAGCGUGACGUACUUUUUGAAGGCCCCAGAGGUAAAUGCAGCUUUGACUUGUGAGGUCGCAAGUUUGUAAGCAAGGCAUUUCGACAUAUUACACAAAUUAAAUAUUAAAAAUAAAUUUCAAUUCAGAUAAGAUAUUUCUAAGCCAUGGUGCAAAGUAUUAUCUAUCUUGAGUAAUUAUUGUUGGUAAAGGCUUCUGAAAAAUAUAUUUGAUGGCGCUUAGUGAACUUCAUUGUUUUUUACAUAUACCUUAAUUUUUAAAAGAAUGAUUUACUAUUUAGAAAGGUAAAAUGUUAGAAUUUGACGUUGGCGCUUGGGAAUACUUAAUUUCAGAGAGGGCACCGACAAUAUACAUAUUAUAUCAUCUGCUGUGGUUGAUUAAAAUCUUUAAGUCACAAACAUGGAAAAGACAAAUGGGAACUGUGGAAUAAAUAUAUAUGAUACAAUGGGAAUGGAUAUAUAUAUUUUUUUAAAAUAAUGUUUUCUUAUGAUACAAACAAAAUAAUCUAUUCGCAAAGAUAAAUAAUCGCAUAUCAUUCAUGUAAGUAUUUUUUUCUUCUGAUAUUUUAAGUUUUAUUUGGCUUAGCUUACAUUUAAUUUCACAUCUCUGGCUACUUAUCUUCCAUUUCUAUAUAUUGAAAAUAGAUAAAAUAAAAUAAUCAUUUUCCCUAUGAGCUUGUUAUGUAAAAUUGGGUCUUUGUCAAACAACAUAACUUCAUUUUUCACGGUCUCUUGACGGGACUUUAAUUCUUCCUAGCACUUUAUUGUUUUCUCAGCCUAACAUAAAACACUGCGCCUCAAUCUAUUAAUUUUAUUGUUUGCAUCUCACAUAGUGUUGCUGGGUUCGUUUAGUUAAUAUUUCCAAUUUAAAUUUGCCGUUUGGAUAAAACAAAAACAAAAAAAUCAUCGUCUUGAAAAGGGUCGUCGACCUUGCAUUUUUAUUUCAACAUUCCUCGCACAAAUUUAAUUAUCUCCUUUGUAAAGCACCACACUUGCUCAGAAAAGCAUUGUGGAUUGCUUUUACGUUGAUUUCUUUUUAACAAGUAUUAGAUUUGUAUACUCUGUCAAAACCUUAUGGCUGGAGAUGGUGGGUGAGAGAUGAAACUUUCGUCUCGCCACUUCAUAACAGACCUGUCUUGCCUGGUAGGACAUUCUAGGAACUGUAUUCCCGACGGCAUAGCUCUGAGGUCACUGGAACACGUACGCUUUCACACACAAGUUACUGCUUACGUUAAAAGUAGUUAAAAUGAACCCAACAUGUUUCACUUUAAAUGUGCCAAUAAUUUUGUCAAAUAUGAGGACGAUAGUCCACUGUGGCUAAAAUCCGAAUACGUUCCAAAAAUUUAAUUGUGGACAACCUUGGGCAUCUGGGUCAGUACCCCCUUUAAACCUAAAUAAAAUAUGUUCUUUUUACUUGUUUAACCUUUUCUUCACACGUAAUAGUUAAAACAUUCGCAGUGGACUUUCUUUUCCUCUAUUCCGUUUCAAUUGAUUUGUAUUAAAUUUCUCACAUACCUAUGUUCUACCUUUAUACCUAGCUGUAUCAUGAAUAAUUUAUAGCAGCUAUUUGUUUAUUUCUUUAAAAAAAUAGUUUUACUCUUGUUUUUUUCACUGAAAAAGAGUGUUUUUGCCGUCAUGUUGAAUGUUUUUUUUUUUUUUUUUUUUUUUUUUUUGUUUUUUUUUUUUUUUUUUUUUUUUUUUUUUUUUUUUUUUUAUUUUUUUUUUUUUUUUUUUUUUUUUUUUAUAAAUUUUUUUUUUUUUUUUUUUUUUUUUUUUUUUUUUUUUUUUUUUUUUUUUUUUGUGCGUCUCUUUUUAGGUUUUUCCUUACUUGUUUCGUUAAUUUUAUUUAGCGAUAGCAGUGAGAGGUAGUCAUUUGUACAUCUAUAAAGAUCCUUGAAAAAACUUCGUUUCAAAAUUUAAUUUCUUAUUAAAGCAGUUUUAUUUAUUGGAAUCCUAGCAAGAAUAUUUUAUUUUCAUUCUUCGUUGUUAUUUUUUUAUUCAUUUGGGUGUUAUAAAAAGUUUCCCAUAAAUGCAGUUUAUACCAAUGUGAUUAUUUGAUAGACCUGGUGUUAUGACUAAAAUAAUUUAAGUAACUUUUUGGCACAGCCUAACCUAGCGACAAAAUUAUUUUUGAUAGUCUUUGAAUUUCGAUAUAAAAUGAUAAGGAUUCCUUCAAAUAGUCUUCGAGAAAAUAGUAAAUUAAGUUGUCAUGUUUUAUAUUUUUUUAUGAUGUUUACACUUUCGAUCAUCGUUUGGAAUAGCCAAUCUGCCACAUUUUUGACUUAAAAAAGGUCUCGAGAAAUUUUACAAUGUUUAGUGCAUAAUGUUGGAAUUAAUCUUUUACAUUUUAUUAAUCUAAGUCUUUUUCAUUGCCAAUCAAUGCGCCGCAACAUGUGUAAAAAUAUACAAACUAAUUAUUCUAUCGAGUUCCAUUAGUUGUUAUGUAAUUAUCAGUAGCUCAAAAAUAUUUCUUACCUAAUAGUCUGCUCGUUUUGACUUAAACAAAAUAUACAGUCCUUGUAAUAUGCACUUGCCUUUGAAUAUAAAUUGUCCCUUCUAUUUAUACUGAACAUUUUAUCUGCCUCAAAAUUAUUGUUCUCCAUUUCUGAAUACUUUGCAAAGACUCAAACAAGCGGUGGAUUUAAAAAUCAUUAUUGACUCCGUUGGACAGAUUAAAUACCAUAUUUAAAAAAUUAGUUGAUUCAUAUUAUAUUUAUGAGUAACAUACCCUCCAUUGACUAACAAUGUAUUGUUACAUGUAUUUCAUUGCAAUUGAGGGCAACAUUAUAUAUAACUAUGUUGAGACUGUAUGGAAAAACAUGUCAUGUGUCUCUUUUGCUGGCAAGUUUCAAUAAGCACAUAUGUAACAUAUGUCCUAAUACCAUGCUCACAUACCCAGAAUAAUCAAAAUACACCACUCACUGUGAAAUCAAGGUUGCAUUGGUAAUAUGUCCCCAAAAGCUGGUGAUGUAUAGUGAUUGAAUGGUAAUUAUAACACCUUAAGGGCUUAUACAAGACUUAUCAAUAUAAUGAUUUCAGAUUUUCUGGAUCCUGUGAUUUCCUCGCACUUUGAAACGAGAUAUUACUUCAAUAUUUUCAUCCCGAUUAAUCUGAUGUAGACGUCAUUGCAUGUAUUUCACUUGAUACAUAUAACACUGCAAAAGCUGUUUCUUAAUCCUCUUUACAUGAUAAAUCUAAAUAUGAAAACAAAUUACUGAUUUACUUCAUUACACAUGCUUAUAUUUUGCGCUUGCUCAUGAGCUUAGCAACAUUUCUAUAGUUACCACUACUAAUUAAACAAAAUUGGAAAGAAAGCCUCGCAAUAUUUAAUAGCAAUUUAAUUAUUACAAAAACGAAAUCUUAGGAAGCUGUCAAAAUAUACACUUACAAAUAUACAAUGGGAAUAUUCCGUAAAUUUACGUAUGUGCUGGUAAAACUUUAUAAUAUUUCCAAUAUACAAGCAUGCUGAGCAUGUUAUAGUUUUUUAUCAUACAAAUUAUAAUUUAAUCUACAAAUGUUUUCAAUCGAGAAUCUAAAGUUUGAUUAUCUCCUUAAAAUAAUAUAAUUAUAAAAAUGUAUUGUUAUAAUUUAACAUGUUAAAAAAUUAAAACCAGAAUAACAUUAAUUUUUAUUUCUUAUGCUUAUUCACAGAAAAAAUUAUUGUUUUCUUCUUUUUUUCUAUUUUGUUCCUAUACUUUUUUACACGUGAUUCCAAUUCAAUCUUCCCGAUGAGUUUCUCACAUACUUUUUUGCAUAUGUUUAAAAAUGAUAUUAAUACUUAUCUAAUAUGUGUUGACUUCAUAUGGAUUCAAAAUAUAUAUAAUUUUAAACAUAUAAUUCAUGUAGCUUUCAUCAGAAUAUGAAUUAAAACAAGGACACAUCAGCUACACACACCAGCAAAAUUUGACGACACUCUAUUACAAAACAACGUGUACUUUGGUUGUAUCUGCUGCCAUCUUAGGACCUGGAUCUCACAUGUUCCAUGUUGUCAUGUAUCCAAACAUCACAUCAGAUAUAACAGAGGACAUGCAGAGGAGAAGUCAAUACACGAGUUCAAUUUACUUAGGUAAAUAGUCAUUACUUUUUAUAUUGCUUUCUGUGUCUCAAAUAUUUGGUAAAAUUUUUAAUAUUAUGUAUACUAAAACGAUGCUUGUGUAUAGUUUCACUUGCUUUUGGGUGUCUUUUGUUUCAUCCUCUUUCCAGUUAAAAAAAAAAUAAAUAACAAAAAAAGAUUUUGAUUGUAUUGUUUACGAUUAAGCAAAACACCAAAUGUAUACGACAGAUCUAGUACUUAAGAUAGUUGUUACAACUUCUACACUUGUGUAACUGCAGAAAAUAUCUAAAAUAACUGUUACGCACUGACUUGUAUUGGGAGAAAUUAAUCUCCUAUUUUAAUUUUAAUUGGCUCGUUGAAAACAGUGCCUAACAAAGGACGAUACCAUAGAAUCAACAAUAUUAAAGAUACGACCCAAAACAGUUUCUAGUUACAAUUAAUUAAGAUUUAUUACGUCUUAAGAUAAUUACAAAAUAAAAUAAAAUAAAAUUACAAUCUUCAACUUACAGUAUGGCAGUGUACACAGUUAAUACAAUUAGAAAUAAUGAUGCCAAUAAAUAAUGCGAAAUAAACACAUAUAAGUAGGAGCACACAAAUACACAAAGAAUAAAACACGCCUCGUAAUUGUUAAGAGAAUCUAUCUCAAAAAAAAUUCUCUCCCGUCGUGCCUGUCAAUCCCUUAUAUAUAUGUAGAGUAAGAUGCUUCGAGAAGGGCUUAUGACGUGUUGUUUACAUAUCUCGGGUUAAGGAGUAUAUUCCAGAAAUUACCCGAAAACAAUCUACCCAAUGCGUAAUUGGAAGCCGAUUGUAAACAAGCUACUUCAAAGACCUAAGCCACACCCCAUUGUGAACACAGCGUCUCAUGCGGGGUCAAUCAGAGGGCACGCACGAGAAAUAUUAUGUAAACAAGCUCCCCAUAACAUAACAAAUUAUAAAAGUGUAUAAGGAUUACCUGUAAACACUUUUAUAAGGGCAAUAAACAAUGUUACUGUAUAUAACCUGUAACAUAUACUGUAUGUGGUAACCUUUGUAUGGAUGGAGGCGCUUGCGGUUCCAUAAGGCUACUCAUGCAAUGUUAACUAAUACUGUGGGUUCAAUGUAAGCGAUAGCUUGCCGCUACUAAUUUACAAACUUAUUCCACUCCAAAAAUAAACUGUCUCUUUCUCUCUCUUAAGAAGCAACACUGUCCAAAUGAAUAAUAUACACAGCACGUCAUUACAUUUACUAAAUAAAUAAAUAAUUCCUUGAUAUCAGGAUAUCUCUACAACAAACAAAGUUGCCAUGCAAAGAAAAAAUAUACACACACAUUCAAUAAUACCCCAUCUAAUUUUAAUUCAAUAAUCCAUUAGAAACAUUCAACAUGUCCUCUCACAUUUAAGACAUCUAGUUCACCCCUGCUCUAUUUAAAAACAUGCAUUCUCCCUAAACAAUAUCCCCUGGCGCCUAACAUUCUAGCUACACCUCUCUUCAAGUGAGGCUUGUUGGGUGGUAAAACACGAUGUCACUUUUUCUUUAUGUGGACAGGCAGGAUUGAUUUUCUGACAAAUGCAGCAUUUCUAUUGUUAAUUGAAGAUUGGCCUAAAUGUUGGCAAGUCUAUGAUAGCACAAACACUGGAUACUCCACUUGGUAGUGUAUUUUUCAGCUUUGAUAUUAGCUACUCCACUAGAUAGGCUGUCACAAAUGAAUGGGGUGGGAGUACAGGGCAGAGCUCCGUUGUUGUUAAGGUAACUUAUAAGAUGGGUGGAAGUUAAUGUUAUUUUAGGGAAGGCAUUUUUUAGGGUAUUAAGUUAAAUUUAAUUGAAUCUUACAUCUUGAGAUAGAGGGGGGGGGGGGAUGGUUCCUUCAAAAAUAUUAUGUUUGAGCUUGCCAGACUUUGUAUGAUAAUUUAAGGGUUAAUAAAAGGAAGUUCUAAUUGACCAAAAAUUAAGGGGCAGUGGUUUGUUUAUAGAUAACAUUCCUCAGCCAUCUAUAGACCUAGAGAAUAGCAUAUAAGACAGAAAUUUUAAUGACAAGAGGGUAGUUGAGGUAGAGAACACGAUUCAGUCUUUAAAUCCUUCAUGGAAAAGGAUGGAGUGGUUCUUCCUGCACUGAGUGCUCCCAAACGGCUCAUUGACUUGGCUUUCAAUUGUUGUUAUUACACAGGAGCUGAAUGUUCUUAAAAUGGAAUUUACAAAGCAAUGGGCAACUUGCCAGUGUUGCCAAUGACAUUUUUAGGGCAUUCUGCGCACAAUUUUAGUUAUUUUUUAAGAGAAACCUCCGCCAUUUACCAAUUGUCCAAAUAAGUCAUGGACUGACGUACAUGUAAGUAUACUAAAGCCAUUGCAAAUCUACAAUAAUAAUUUGGUCACAGGUCACAAGUUUGAAGACUUCAAAACUCACAGAGCAAUUUUUCAAAUGUUGCUGAAGGUUUCUUCUUAAAUGUUGAACCCCCACUCCCUUCCGGGCCAGUGCAAAUGAAGCCGAUUAAUCUUCAGUGCAAUUCUAAAGUCAAGGUCAAGAUCACGGACGUGAAUGGUAUGCUUGUUUGUUUAUCCAUUCACGUCCGUGAUCUUGUUUGUUUAUAACAAUCUAGGAGAGCAUUGACCUCCAUCUUCCCUGAGAAAUUAAGAUUGUUUAAGUGGACCAUGUACCUAUUUUUGGGAGUACCUAUCUGUGUCAAAAGCUCAAAGUAUUGUGAGAGACUGCAGUCAGGUUAGCACAAUAUAAAAUGAGUAAAAGAGAGUAGAGUUAAAUCUAAAAAAAAUGUAACAACGAAAAUAUUGGUAGAAAGCCUUCGUCAGCGAACAAAAUUACAGAAAAAACGGUAUAAAUGUAAAAGAUAAAAAUUAAAGAAGCACUUAGCUUAGAAGUAGUAUCCGUGGGCAGCAAAAGAAAUGUGACCGAAAGUAAGUGAGGGAGAUAUUAAAUAGGGAAAAGGAAAACAAGAGAAGAAGCAAGUCCCCUACAAUAGGUUGGAACGUGCAGGGGCAAGCCAGGUUCAAGCUGUGAAAAGAGACAUGCCAUUCAUCCCAUGUGGCGGCAAUGUGCCAUAAAUCAGGAUAAGCCUGUGUUCCAAAUUCACCCGUUUUGGUGUGUUCGUGCUAGCCAAGAUCUUACUUAUUGAAAAGUCCGUCUUGCCCUAGUGCUCGCUACUAUUGAAGUGUUUGGAGACGGGAAACUGCUUAUCUUGUGUAAUGUUACGGAGGCGCUGCUUGGUACACCUUGUUGAGUGUAAGCGUCCAGUCUCACCUAUGUACGUCAUCUGGCAGUGGUUGUAGACAAAGGCCUAGACAACAUUGCGGCUUGUAAAGAGAAAAAAAAGUCGCGAAUCUGACAACUUCCCUUAGGAAAACGUAUGUUUAUAGUUUGGAUGAAAAUAGGGCAAGUGUUCCAACGGCUGCAUCUACAUGGCUUGGUCCAAAGUGGGAGGGGGAAGCAUUGAAAUGACUGCGUACAAGGAGGUCUCUCAGAUUUUUAUCCCCUCUGAAAAAAAUAAGGGGGUCCGGGUAGGAGCUUCCUCGAGCUGAGGAGAAAAAAUCGUUUUCAGCUUUGUUUUGUUCCUGACAUUAUUCCUAAGGACCUAUGAGAUAAACUAGUUUUUCCUUUAACUAAUAAUCCAAAGAAUAAUGUGACAGCCUCAAAAUGCACUGCCUUGCCGCCACCGAAUCACUAUGUGUAAUGGUUUAGCCAGACUAACUGAUCGCUAUUUAUACUUUCCCAUUCCACGGCCAAGCCCCCCGAUUUCCUGUCUGCCAUCCCCAAAACUCACCCCUGCUGCUUCCCUUCCCCUGCCACAGAAUUCAGCUCAGAAUGAUAAAUUUCAGGAUGAGGUAGGUAAAGUGAGUGACACAGACGGCUUCAGUGCGACUUAAAAAAAAACGAAGGAUCGUGGGUGCAUCACGGGGGCCCCCUUCCUUUCGGGGCCUUACGUGGAUCCAUAGUCAGUGUAUGCUUAGAACGGGCCUGAAUUCACCAGAGACUAUUAUUUUUUGGAACUGUUAAAAAAAGAAAAAAUAGUCGUUUUUAAUUUUCAAAAAUAUAUAAUCGUUCUAUGUUCUUACCCACUUUGCUCACGUAAGAGGGCACUUCAUUAUUCCCCGUGGGUGGGGGGCAGUGCCCCCGGAUAGAUGCCUGAAAGAAACCCUGCUUUUAGUCGAAGCAUAGUCACUCAAAUGGAAUCGAAAUAUUCAACCUAUAUUAAAAUACAAUUCAACAGUUAUUAUCAAAUUAUUAUUUUUUUACCUGAUGUGUCAAAAAAGAAAGUCAUAACUAUGCAUUAAGUUGACAUUGGCAAUGAAGUAGAGUCCGACCGAAACCGAAGCAAGGCCGAAAUUUAAAAAAAAACUUUUGUCCGAAACCGACGCCGAAACCAAAACUCAACGAGACUUUAAGCCGAAACCAAAGCCGAGGCACAAAAUGAAAUAUUUAGUGAUUUUGAAAUUUUUUUACGAAUACAUUCGUAUUAAAACAAUUAUAGGGGAAAGUAUCAAUAUUUACAUUCUUUUUUUAUAAAAAUGAGAUCAUCGUGAAUAUUAAUAAAUAAACAUUUCAUAAAUACUUUGGGAUUCACCAUUUACAAUUAAAAGUAAUUAAAAUUACUUUAAAAAUAUGUUUAAAGUAGUAUGGUUAGAGAAAAUUGGGAUUGAGGCAAGUGGUGGGGGGCAUCCAAAUAGACUUUUGAUUGAUGAAGUUAACAGGUCUACAAUAGGCCUACUACAUAAUUAUAAUACGAACCUGUGAUACAUUCACACACGUAUUUCUUGACCUAACACUGUUUAUGAAUAUGAUAAUAAAAAGUUUCAAGAUAAAAAUGAAUUGAAUAAACCUAGUGUUCAAAAUGUUAUUUAAAAACAAAAAAAUACUUUUUUAAGAAAAAAAAAGAAAAAAAUAGUGAUUUAAAUAUUACUAUUACAUUAGUUUUUCUUCCAAUAAACUGUUUACAUUAAUUAAAAUUUAUUUUUUGUAAUUAAAGAAAAGUAAGUCAUCAUGUAACUGUGAACAGUUUUCGCAAAGUAUAAGUCAUAUAACAUACGAUGACAUCAAGAUGUCGAGCAAUAAUGAAUAUCGGAUUGCCAGCCCUCAGACAGUCUGACCUCUGGUAGUUCUUCUUCUAUAUCUUAAGGGCCCACGAUCAAUUUAUUGAUCAUUUUGGCUCCUAUGCAUGUAGAUGGGAUUUGCAAUGUUUCUGUUACUGGUGGUGAUGAGGAAAUUAUGCACUAGGGGUUUGAAGGCUUGAGGCAAUAGACACAAAUGUGUCUAGUGUUGUCGCCUCAACUGUUCCUUUUGAAAGAUGGUUCCAGUCCCUGAUUGUCUUGGGCAGGAAUGAGCAGCUCCUAUACUGGCUUCUUGCUGGUAUGAGCCUGAAUUGCCUGUCAUGGCCUCGUCGCUGUCUAUGGGGGAGAGGGACGAGUUUCUGUUUAAUACUGGAACAGUGGACCAGCCCAUUAUUUAUCUUGUACAUCAUGGAGAGCCUGGAUUGUCGUCGUCGUUUCUCCAAUGGUGACCAGCCUAGUGUUUCUAGCAUGCUGCCAACACUAGAGGUAUUCCUGUAGCGGUUUAGGACAAAGCGUGCUGCUCGUCGCUGGACCGCCUCCAACCUGUCAAUGCUCUUCUGGGUAAAUGGGUCCCAGACUGAAGAUGCAUAAUCUAAAAUCGGACGGAUAAAGGCUUUAUAUGCUCUUUCUUUCACACAGGAGUUGCCAAUCUUUAGAUUUCGCCUUAAGAACCCCAAGGCUUGGUUUGCUUGGUUACAUACAUUGUUAAUAUGCUCGUCCCAGCGGACCUCUCUUUGAAUGGUAACACCCAGGUACUUUACGGAGGAAACUUGCUCAAGAAUAUGGCCGUGCAGUUUGUAUUGGUAGUGUAGAGGAGUACAACUUCUAGAGAUUGAUAGUGUCUGGCACUUGGCAGGGUGAAAUUCCAUGUCCCAGCUCAUCUCCCACUCAGCUAACAGAUUGAGAUCCUGUUGUAGCUGGUCCUGGUCAGAUCUGUUGGCGAUCGUCCUAUACACUGCUGUGUCAUCUGCAAACAGUCUUGCCUGUGAUGUCAGUUUCUCCGGUAGGUCAUUAAUGUAUGCUAGGAACAAACAGGGGCCCAGGACUGAUCCCUGGGGGACCCCUGACUUCACAUUGACAAAGGAGGAGCUUGUACCGCCCACCACUACUGCUUGGCGUCGGUGGCUGAGGAAGCUAGAGAUCCAUGUUUUAGUGGUGCCUUGAAUCCCAUAUAUCUGGAGUUUGUGUAGAAGCAAACUAUGAUUCACCCGGUCAAAUGCUUUUGCGAAGUCCAUUACUAGCACGUCAGUCUGCUUGUGGUUCUCCAGAUUGGUCAUCAAGUCUUCUACAAAUUCGAGAAGCUGGGUCUCACAUGACCUAUUGACUCGGAAGCCAUGUUGACAGUCAUUGAGUAUAUUUUGGCUUUCAAGAUGCUUCAUGACAGAGCUUACGAUUAUGUGCUCCAACAGUUUGCAGACGACGCUAGUGAGGGAUAUCGGACGAUAGUUGGCAGGGUCGGAAUGCUCCCCUUUCUUGUAAAUUGGAGUGACAUGCGCUGUUCUCCAGUCUGCUGGAACAUUUCCUGUGCAUAGUGACGAUUGGAAGAGGAUUGUCAGUGCAGGAGCGAUUUCUUUGGCUAAUUCUUUGAGCACUCGUGGUUUAAUGUGGUCAGGACCACAUGCUUUGUAAGGAUUAAUGGUAUUGAGGAGGGCAAACACACCUUGUUCUGAUAUCUGGAUAUCUCCCAUGAUAGGAUAGGCUCUGUUCAUCAUUUUGGUUUUCAGAAGGAACUCAGUCUCAGAGUACUCUCUACCGUCACCAAAGACCGACUGGAACUGCUGAUUGAGUAUCUCCGCCUGUGCUUUUGGGUCAGAUGUCAAUUGGCCAUCCCACCUCAAGGGGGAAACUCCAGCGUUUGAGGACUUUUGGUGUUUCACAUAGCUCCAGAAGCGCUUGUUCUUGACAUCUUUGGUCGGGGUGUCUUCCUCUGAGAAGAUGCCGUUCAUGUAGUUCCAAUACGAUCUACGCAAUAAGCGUUGAAUGGUUCGGCGGAGUCUCAGUACCUCCUCUCUCAGUUCCAUCGAGCCAUUUUUCUUCAUGCGUUUGUAUUGGCGGUCUCUCCUGUGGAUGAGCCUACGGAUUUCAGCCGUGACCCAUGGCUGAUUUAUCCUAGGUUUGGUGAUUUGGUGUGGUAUAAAUUUCUUCACUGCAUCAGUGAUUGUAGUCUUGAACUUCACCCACAGCUCGUCUGUUGUCGCUGUACCUUGAAUCACCUUCAUGUUUGAGCUUAGCUCUGUGGUUGCAAUCCUUAGGCCAUCCCAGUCUGCCUUGGCAUAAAUUAGUUGACCGAUAGCAUCAGUCAGUUUCGGCCAGAUGGCCAAAUGUCUCAAUCACUUUUGAUCGAAACCGAAAUUAAACUGAAAGUUACAUUUUCUGUUUUGAGCGAAGCAGAAAUUACAAUAAAAUUUAACUUUUCGGUUCAACCGAAACCAAAAUUACACCAAAAAUGUAUCAAAUUAUGGCAAUUUUCGGCACCGAAACUGAAACCCAAGCCAAAAUUCGGUCUACAAUGUUCAACUGGCCACGCAACACUACUUUAGGACAGGAGCGUAACUGCGUUUUUGAGGCCUUUGUAUAAUUUUAUUUGGCGCCCUUUUGUUUAAAUAAAAAUGUAAAAAUUAGAGAUUUAGCGGCACACUUUUGAACUGGCGCAAGCUUGCGCCCUUAGCAAUGCCACAAUGCCAAGCCAUUGUUACGCCACUGCUUUAGGGUCAAUUAGAAAAAGUUUGACCUAAUCCGAUCUAAAAUUAACUGCAUGAUUGGAUAUGAAAUCACUGAACCGAUCUCUAGUAACUCUAGGCCUUCGUGUAUUUUAGUAAAAAAGGUUGAAAAAAGUUAUAGUUUUUGCGCUGAUUUCACGAAAGUGAAUACCUUUAAAAAGUGUGACACCUUUCCUAUUUCAAGGACAGACGAUCUAAUUGAUUGAGAAGUAGAUGCUAAUUUUAAAACAAGAUAGACCAAUUAUCUGGGUUAUGGAAUGUUCCCACCUCUGAGAUAACAAAAUAAAUCUCUGCGUCCUGUAGUUCAAAUUAUAUCAUUUUCUUAGUUAUUUUUUUUUACAAAUAAAUAAAUAACUUUGUUUUUAACAAAUGCCUGCAGUUAAAUGCAAUGUAAACUUAUAGAAGUGUGAUUUUUGUCUUGCAACAACGUAAUUUUUUUUAUGCUGCUAAUUUCUGGUUCUGAUAGACGACGUUGCUGCAUCAAAGUACUGGCAUAUAUGCUACGAUUUGGGUAACGAUGCGGCUAUCCUAACGGCUUCUAAUGGAUGUCUGGGCAGCCUUGACAAUUUCGAUUGUGUUCGAGUCUACGGUGGCAUUGUCUAGGUUGUUCAAAGCAAUUAUUGUUCGUGGGAAGAAUGAUUGUUUAUAUUGAAAUGUGUUACACCGCAACAGUAUAUAUCGGCAUCCUUCCGUCUCGUGAGACGAUUGUGCAUCACCGUUGGGUUGGGUUGCAUUUCUCGAGUGGCUGUGCAGUCCUAUCCUUGAGUGACAGUCUUUACCACAGUUUUUACACACGAGUUCCUCGCUUCUAAAUGUUUUGGCCUAUCUCCUAGCUCUUCUGUCUGCAGCCUCUUCCAUUCUUCGCCCCUCGGCUACCAUGACGCCCUCUUUGACAACUGUGCGCCACGUAGAUCGGUCUUUUGCCUUACACUCCCAGUCACUUGUAUGUAUUGUGGCUGCUUUCAUGACCCUUUGACAGACAUCUUUAAAUCGCAGACGUGGGCGACCUGUUUUCCUCUUUCCCGAAGCAAGUGCACCAUAUAGGAGGUCUUUCGGAAUGCGGCCGGGACUCAUUCUUUUAACAUGACCUAGCCAUCUCAGGCGUCUUUCACUAAGGAUAGUGAACAUGCUUUGGGUAUUCGCACGCAUUAGGACCUCACUAUUAGUCACUUUUUCUUGCCAUUUAAUACCAAGGAUGCGACAAAGGCAUCUCAUAUGGGAGCUAUUAAGCUUGCGCUCUUGGGAUGUAUAGGUGGUCCAUGUCUCGCUCCCGUAUAGUAGUGUACUGAUGACACAAGCUAGAUAGACGCACAGUUUGGUUUUCUCCGUUAGCUUGGUGUUUUUGCCAGACCCGUUUAUUUAGUUUAGCCAUUGUGGCAGCUGCCUUGCCGAUUCUGCUGUUAAUUUCUUCUUCAAUGGAGAGUGUAUUGGAGCCCUUGGAUCCCAAGUAGGUGAAGCUGUCCACUACCUCCAAGUUUUCAUUAUCGACUUUUAUGUUAGGUGGAGAUCGAGUGUUUUGGGCCAUGAUGUUUGUCUUUUUUAAGCUGAUUUGCAGACCAAAUUCUUUGCAGGCAUUGGAAAAGCUUGACACGAGUUGUUGCAAACCAAUUUCUGUGUGUGCCGCAUCAUACGCAAAUAGUAGCUCGCGAAUUAGGACAUCUGUCGUUUUGGUCUUGGCUCGGAGGCGGGCAGUGUUGAAAAGUACUCCAUCAGCUCUGGUGUGUAACCAGAUUCCCUCACUGCUAUCCUUGAAUGCGUAUCGAAGAAGUACAGAGAAGAAUAUUGCGAACAGUGUUGGUGCGAGUACACAUCCUUGUUUAACUCCGCUGCUGACUGGAAAGGCUUCUGACUUGGCUCCAUCGAACUGCACUGUACCCUGCAUAUUUUCAUGGAACUCUCUGAUGAUGGCAAGUAGGUAAGGGGGACAGCCGAUUUUUGCCAGAAUUUGGAAUAGCUCUUUGCGACUGACGUAAUCAAAGGCUUUUUAGAAGGUCCACAAAGGCAAUGUACAGUGGCAUCUGCUGCUCUCUGCAUUUUUCCUGCAGCUGUCGUAUGGAGAACACCAUGUCUAUGGUAGACCGCCCAGACCGGAAACCGCACUGAGAUUCUGGAUAGACACGGGAUGCUAGACUCUGUAAACGUGUUAGUAUGACAUGGGCAAAGGCCUUUCCUGCAAUACUAAGGAGUGAAAUGCCGCGAUAAUUAUUGCAAUCACUCCUAUCACCUUUGUUUUUAUAUAGUGUCACUAUAUUUGCAUCCUUUAGGUCUGGGGGGAUGUAGCCCUGUUCCCAGCAGAGGGACAGAAUCUCGUGCAAUGGUUGGAGUAAAGCUAUCUUACCACUCUUUAGAGCCUCUGGUGGUAUUCCAUCAUCCCCAGGCGCUUUUCCACAAGCUAGGCUAUCAAUAGCUUUGCUCAGCUCUUCCUGUGAGGGCACGACAUCAAGUUCUUCCAUGAGUGGCAUAUCUGGGAUGUCAUCUAGAGCGGUGCUGGAGACUGUGGUAACUGUUGAAUACAAUUCCAGAUAAUGCUCAACCCACCGUUUUAGCUGUGCUGCACGGUCUUGGAUAAUUUCUCCAUUUUUGGACUUUAGAGGAGCAACUUUAGACGUCAAGGAGCCAGUUGCCUUUUUGAUGUUUUUGAUCUGCAGCUGACUGUAUGCUGGAACAGAGGUUAAGCCAGUAGGUAUUGGCACAAUUACGUGCAACCUUUUGGGAAAGUGACUUGGCUGUUUUUAAGGCAUGCAACCUGUCGGGUCUAGGCUUUUUCUUGUAAGCCGUAAGAGCUUUCCUUUUGGCUUCAGUGACAGGUUUAAUCUCGUCCCAAUAUUGAUCAAACCAGUCGGUGUUUUUGUGAGAUUUUUUGCCAAAGGCCUGUAUUGCGGAUGUAUAGAUUGUGUCUCUGAGAUGUGACCAUUUCGAGUCGAUGGUGACGCAUGGGGACAUCCUUGAGAUACCUUCCUUCACCUUGUCUGUGAACAGCUGCGUUAGCGCAGGGUCUUUCAUGCAGAAGGUAUUGAUACGUGGACAUCCCUUUUUCUUGGUGUGGUACGAGUUUUUCCUCAUUAUUCGUACCUUGCUGGCGACAAGGGAGUGAUGCGUGUCACAGUCGGCACUGUGAUAGCUGCGAGUAAGUAGGAUGCUAGCUAGUUGUGCACGCCUGGUGAUGAUGAGGUCCAGGUGGUGCCAUUGGCCGGAUCGAGGGUGUCUCCAAGAUACUUGAUGUAUAUCCUUGCGCUUGAACUAAGUGUUGGUCACACACAAUCCUCCUGAGUAGCACAAUUCCAGAAGCCUCUGUCCAUUUUCAUUAAUCUUUCCUCUUCCAAAGAGUCCAAGGCAUGUGGGCCAGGCUUCGUGGUCGCUCCCCACUCUAGCAUUGAAAUCUCCCAGGACGUAGAUUGCCUCGUCUUUGUGGAUGCUAGCUAUUGCCUGGUCUAAAGCUCCAUAGAACUGGUCCUUCUCUUCCGGAGUUGAACAGAGAGUUGGGGCAUAUACACUAAGAAUGUUUGCUGGGCCCGCAGCUGUUCUGAGUCUUGGAGUGAGGAUCCUCUCCGUACCUGAUGGCGGGGGAUCAAUGAAACCGAAACAGUAAAGCAUACAUUACAUGUUUUUCAUAACCAAUUUCACAUUAAAUUUUAACAUGAUGGUUUUUGAAAAAUAUACCCCUUCUUCUUUUUUUAAACAAGAGUAUUACUUGGACAUACAACAUAUUAAAAGCAAAUAUAAUAUUAGUGUUGACAAUCGAUCCAGAAACGUGUUUAAAUGUUCAUUGACAUUAUAUAAUUGCUUAUCUGGAAAGUCAUAAAGCUGUGGUUGUGACAUGUUUUGUGUAAAAUAAAUGUAUUUUUAAAAAUUUUGAUGAGAGUUCUUCAAUGGAAAAACACAUUUCAUUUUGAACAAUGUAUUUAAGAGUAAAAUUUGAUAUACGGUUAUUCUCAGGUGUUUUUCGGCAGCCAUCUUUAAAGAAAUUAAAUAAGAAAAUGGGGAUGUCUUUCAGUCUAAUAAAGCGGUAUAUCAUAAUUUAGCAAUUAUUAUCUAAAAUGUCUUGUAAAGCAAAUAAUAAAAAAAAAUACAUUAUAUCAUUUCAAAAGGCAUAAAAAACCUUCUAAAACUUCUUCAAAAUACAAUCUACAAUUUGGAAAAUGUAUUCAUGUCACAGUCUUUGCCAGUUCACUGGAACGUAAUGGAUAUAUCAAAUGCAUCCCGGCCAAUCACAUUAAGUAAAAUCAUGCUCGGCACCUCUUUACUCUUUGUAUCCAGUCCAUUGGCUAUCUUAAAAUCGCAAAUAACUGCUUGAAUCCAUUUAAAUGAAAAGCAACAUCUGCGGUUAAAUCAAGCUGUUGUGGCGGGUUGAGUUGCUUUAUAUUAAACCAUGCAAUAGUAGGUUAUGAUGAAAACUCGUCUGUGUUAUGUGUUUCAUCUGAACUUUGUAACUCAUUAUCAUUCUUUUUAUACCUACCAUCACAUGAUAAAUUCCUUAAGUACUCUAACCAAUCUUCAAAACUUUAUUUUGAAACAUUCAUGAAAAGAACUCACCACGUCCAAUUAUAAUCCAUAAUAAGAACAACAGGUCAAUCAGAUCACAAAGUUCACUCAAUAAACUCUAGUAAUCUUCACUCGUACAUUCUAUUACAACAUUGUCACGUGAAAAAACUGCUUAGCAAAUGCACCAACAUAGUAGCAGCUCCUUUUGUCAGCAGUGUAGCACGAUGUAUGAAAAUUUGGAAUUUAAAACAUGUUUCUUGACAUUGGCGCCAACAUGCAGCUCUUUUUUUAAACAUAUUUUUCAAUAUCGUUGAUGGCAUCCUAAGCACGGUCUGUCCCGUGCAACUGCCCUAGUUGCCCUUACCCUAUUGAUGACCUAAUUUUUCUUUAUAGAUGUAUUUAUUCCAACACCUCUUUCCUCGUUUGUAUAAAAAUGUCACCGAUUCAGUAUGUAUUGCUCUACCAUUGCUCUCCGCCUUUUAUUUUGUUUGUUUAAAAAAUGGUUGUUUUAAGAAGUUCUUAUUUGUUCUGAAGAAUGCCAUGGUGUGUUUCAAUUUUAAGAAUUUCUUUUCUCGUGUUUUCUUAAACAAGACUUAAAAAUAGAUAUAGGAGACAUUUUAUAUUUUAUUCUUCUUGUUUUCAUUUAUAUUUAUCUUUUAGGGAUUUAUUGAGUUAUAAUUCAAAAUAGUUUUUAAGUCUGUUUAUUUCAUUUUGUAUGUUAAUAUGCAAUUAAUUUUAGUAUUAAAUUAUUUUAAUUUUAACUAGAAAUAAUAUCGUUAUUAAAUCUACUUUAAACUCGCACAAACAUUAUUCUUUUUAAUUUUUUGAUGUUUUGUGAUUCAUUAGCGACAUAAUUUUACAGGGAUUUCAAAUAAUAAGAUAUGUAUAAUAAAAAAAUUGUUGACAUUUUUACCUAUUACCGCAUACUAAAAUGGCAUACUUCAGAGCAAAAAAUGUAUUCAAGAGAAAAACAUCUUAUUAAAAAGGAUAAAAUUAACUUUGCUUUAAUGUUAAUCACUUUUUCUCGAAAAUUAAUUUAAGUUCUAUUAAAUCAGGUUAUCCUAAGGUUCUUCUUGGAACUGACUGUGAAGUCCAUGGCUAUAUUAUGGAAAAUAAACAAAGUAACUGCACUUGCUCCGAUUUAAGCAACAGUUUUUUGCCAACACAAAUUUAUUGGUUAGCAAACAAGUCAAUUAUACUUGAAAAAGAAAAAUUGUUUUUUACAGCAACAAGUAAGUUCAACGAAAGAAGAUUUUAUUUAAAUAUUUGUAUAUUUUUAAUUUUACUUUCGGAUACUUUUUCCUAUUUACAAAAUUAAAACAAUAAAAAGUUAACAUUAUUUUUAAUGUCUUAUUUCUAUAUUUAAUUUGCUUAAACAUCUAUAUUUUAAUUAUAAAUCCAAUAAUUAUUUUUUUAGUUUAUGCUAAAAUUAUAUGACACAUUUCAUUAAUAACAUUUAAAUAUGAUAAUUAAAUUUGAAAUCUCCAUUUAAAAUUUAGAAACAGGAGAUAUACAUGUUUAUUUUUUUCAGGAAAAGACUCGUUUCAGUGUAUAAUCUCAAAUCAUUUGAAUUGGACGGAUCAAGUGGAUUUUAAGCCAAAUAUCUCAUGUAAGCUUAUGCAUUUAAAAAAUAAUAUAAAAAUAAACAUACGAGUACUUAAUCUAUAUCCUUUAUUUUCAAUAUUAAUGUUCCGUCUUUUUUAAAUUUAAAAAUAAUUUGUAACAUAUUUAAUAAUAGUAAUAUAUUUUUUAUCUAAAAAUCAAGUUUAGAAGUAGGGCGAUUAAUUUUAUAUUUAAAGACAUUUUUUGGACAAAAUUCAAAAUGUGUCAUUUCAUUAUCUUUUCAAAAAUCUUUGCAUCUAUUUAUCUGUAUGCUAAAUGGAGUUACGUCACAAACUUUAUUUUAUUUGGUUAUUUACGUUUGUAUGUUUGUUUACGAUUACUAAAACGUAAUUAAAACUGUAUUAUUUACUGUAUUUUCAGACCCACCAGACACUUUAACUGUAAAUAUAACAAAACAAGUUUUUGAUUUGUGCAAUGAUACCAACAUCUACAUUUCAGGAACGUGUUUUGUUAGUGAAAGCAAUCCAGAACCUUCCAUGAUUGUCAACAUAAACAAUCUAUCAAUGGACAUUACGUCUUCAAAACGUGAAAGAGAAUAUGUGUUUAAUAAAACUAUGACAAAUCCUGGGAUCUAUAACUUUUCUUGCCAGGCAAACAACAAAGAUUAUUCGAAAAAUAUAUCAAUUAUAACAAAUGUAACUAUUAAAGGUAAUAAUGAUGCAAAAAAGGGCUAUCCGCUCUAUUAGAACUAUUUUUUUGUAAUUAAAAAAAUCAAAUUUAAAAGUAUUUUAUUUAUUCUCAGUAAAAAUUACACAAAUUAUAUCAUGUAUACAAACAGGCCCAUCAGGUAUUCCAAAAAUUUUCAAAAAUGAAAAUGAAGAAAACAAAAGCCAACCUACCAACUUGCUGAAAAUUAUAAAAGGGGACACAAUCACUUGUCAGUCUAAAGGAGGAUAUCCAAUAUUAAAGAAUAUAUCUCUAAGAUGUGGACCAGAGGAAACCCUUGCAACAAGUAAGUACAAUAUUUUAAUCAUAGAAAUAAUACUUGAGUACAUAAAAAAGGAAGAGCAAAAUAACACAAGGAGCUUUCAUAUUUAUAAAAUUCGUUAACACUUUUACUAAAUUGCAAGUAGAAACGUUCUGUAGAGUG